CCAAUUAGGGCCCGAUAAUAAUUGGAUGCUAAGAGCGCAAGGCGGCUUCGAUCCUCCACAUCCGCCACCGGAUUCCACCGCUCUGCCGCCGGUGUACGACGCCGGAGGUAUGUUGACCGAGAUUAUCAACUUGGUGCCGCCACCGGAUCAUCAGAUCCAAUCGAAUAAUUACCGGUGGCCUCAUCAAAAACACCAUCAGCAUCUGUCAGCAGCAGCUGCAGUAAAUGAGCUUUCAUUCAUGAAUAAUAAUCAUCACAUCACAGAUAAUUCUGCUUCUUCUCCUCCUUAUAACAACACCAACAACAACCAGCUCCAAGGGUUUCACUUACUAAGCCCGGCGGUGGUGGGGCCCACCGCCGCCAUGGAACCGCCGUGGGUCCACCACCACACCACCACCAGAUCAAGAAUGGUGGAGGGGCAAGCCCUUUCUUUGUCACUCUCUUCAUCUCUAAGAAACAAUAUAGAAGAAGCUGCUAAAAUGUACAACUUCCAUAAUCAAGAUCUCGGAGCUAAUAACCCGGAAAGUAUAUUCAACAAUCAUUUCGGGAUGUUCGAAUCUUCGAGCAGUUCCGCGAACUCCUCGCUGAGGAGUUCGCGGUAUUUGCGGGCCGGGCAAGAAUUGUUGGGAGAGUUCUGCUGCGUUGUUAGCAUCGGGGCCGCGCAGUCGAAUAGCCGUGGCAAGAAAUUCAAGAAUGCUGUUCAAGGCAGAAACCCUAAUAAUAAUAAUAAUAAUAAUAAUUCAAUCGGCGGCGGCGAUUUUGCUACAGAUCCGUCGUCUGCUUCGAAAGAUGUUCAUCGUCCCAUUUCGCCCGCCGAAAGGUCCGAGUUUCAGAGGAGAAAGAUUAAGUUAUUAACAAUGCUUGAUGAGGUGGACGCGAGGUACACGCGGUACUGCGAGCAGAUGCAGGCGGUGGUGAACUCGUUCGAGUCGGCGGUGGGGCAGGCGGCGGCGGCGGCGCCGUACACGACGCUGGCGCGGAGGGCGAUGUCGAGGCACUUCCGGUGCAUAAAGGACGCGAUUGUUGGACAGCUGAAGCAGACGUGCGAGGGUCUCGGGGAGAAGGACUUCCUCGGCGGCGGCGGCGGCGGCGGGGGUCUGACGAAAGGGGAGACGCCGCGGCUGAAGAUGCUGGAGCAGAAAUACAGGCAGCAGAAAGCGAUGCAGCACAUCGGGAUGAUGGAUCCGGACACGUGGCGGCCCCAGAGAGGUUUGCCUGAGCGAUCUGUGAACAUACUCAGGGCUUGGCUUUUCGAGCAUUUUCUCAAUCCGUACCCAAGUGAAGCAGACAAACAUUUGCUGUCAAGGCAGACUGGUUUAUCCAAAAAUCAGGUAUCAAAUUGGUUCAUAAAUGCUAGGGUUCGUCUAUGGAAGCCCAUGGUGGAAGAAAUGUACCAGCAGGAGCUGCAGGAUCACGAGGUACAACCCUCUACUGCACAAGAACCGAAACAAGACGCGUCGACCAGUAUGAUAAGUACUACUACCACUACUGCUGGACCCUCUUCUUCACUAACCCCAACGCACAACGCUGCUUCUGCACUACAAGAAAACGACCCUUCACUAAAUCACACCGUCCGCUACCGCGGUAAAAACCCGGCGGGAGGAGCCGGGCCGCAGCCGCCGGAGUAUCGGUAUUUUAUGACGAGGGAUGCGGCCGAGGCUGGGGUCGGAGGGGGUGACGUGUCGCUUACUUUGGGGCUUAGGCAUUCUGAGAAUCAUGUGCCUAGAAUGAGUCGACUCUCUAUUAGAGACUUUGAGGCAUAUUAGUAAAUUCAUAUUGUUAUUAAUUAUAAGCAUGUAUUAAUGGCUUUGGCUAGUGUGUGUGUGUGUGAGAGAGAGAGAUAUGAUUUGUUUUAGGGUUUAAAAAUAAAUGAUGAGUGCAAUUAAUUGUAUAUAAACGAGAGAAUAAUGAUAUAUAAUGAUUUGUUAUAUAUAA